AUGGCCUUACUUUGCGAUGGCGAACAACCCUGCUCGAGAUGCGAAGCCCGUGGGCUAGAGUGCAGAUACCAGAUCCGAAAUCAUAGAACCAAGCACAGCCUGCGAAAUGAGCUCAGUAUCUUGAAGAAGAAGCAACGCUUACAGGAGGUUCUCCUCGCAGCGUUGCAAGAUCCGCAGCGGCGCGAGGCCGCAAUGCAACUACUAGAUACCGCCGCUCCGCUUUCUGGAGCCGCGAGGCUCUGGCUGAAAAACGAUAUCGACAACGAAGAAGAACAGUUCUCGGAGACGAUCCCUUCAAAGUCCAGCGAUGGUGGACACAGGACUACGUCCGAGUCUGCUAGUCCAUUCCCGGAUCUCUCCAAUCCCCAGCACACAAAAGAGGACUUUGCAACAUCUCCCAGAAGUUCCAAUAUCUCGCCCGUGCGAAGAGACUCCAUCUCCGACAUGCCGAAUUCUGAUACGUUUUCGAUAACUACAGCAUCCGACGGGGUUGGCAACCAGAUGAACGCGCUCACCAUGGACAAGCCCCCCAGCUUCUCACGAUACUCACAGCCCUUUCCCUCCGCAACGGACGCACCUGGGUUAAGCACAACCCAAUAUGACGGCCAAGCCGACAGUUCUGGAGAGAUGUUCACGCCGCCGUGGCUCGAUCCUUUACUUGCCGGCGGCACCAACCCGACAAUCUCUCAGCAAAACAACGACUCAUAUCAGCCAAUACCUUACGGCAGCAUUCAUACAUGGACUGGAAACUCAGGAAGCUCGAUGGUGCCGCAAGCCGGUUCAACACAGCAGGCAGCUCGUGAGUUCGACAGCACGCAGUUCGGGCAGUGGGCACCACCGCAGGCCGGUGAGAGGAAGCUGUCCACGGCGACAUCGCCACUAGCCCCGAAUUUGGCGAGUAUGCCCUUCAGUCUCGAGGCCAACUCUGCCCUGGAAGACUCUGGCUGGAUGUCGGUACCUUCGGCCUAUUCAAUUGCAGACACAGGCCAUCGACCGAGCACUAGGAGAUUCUCUGUCUCCUCAAAGACCUCCAACGGCGGGCUGUCAAAGCAGUCGAAGCCGCCCCAGUCUCAAUCUCGCGAGCGCCAUCGCCUUGCUUCUGCGCGAAAUUGGCACAAGCAGAAACAAGCCACCGCCGACCUCCAAGCUAGCAAGGACCGCGCGGAGGCGCAGCACGCCGCGCUGAAAGAGGUGUACAACGAUGUUCUCAACCAAGUGCAGCAGAUCAAGCACGCGUUGAUGGGACAUGUCGGCUGCAACGACCCCGCCAUUAAGAUGUGGCUCGAACGGGAGACGAACAAGGUGCUGAGCGGGCUGCAGAACUCCCUCUCCGAUGGCGGGGCGGAGGCUCAGGGGCUAAAGUCUCGCCCUGCGAGCAUCGUUGAUGGGACCGAGGUUCCCUAUCUAACGCCGGAGGACGACGAUAUUGCAACUGAGAAAAAGAUGCCUCGCGCGGAGGGCAACGACAUUUUGAGGAGGGGCGUUGAGGUGAAUGUUAGGGCAUAA